AUGUCGGUCGAAAUCGAGCCCACCGAGUUGAGCUUCAAGCGUCCCUUCACUGUCGAAGUCGCUCGGAUUCUGCGGAUCAAGAACCCGAACCAGUCCCCCAUCGCCUUCAAGGUCAAAACCACCGCCCCGAAGCAGUACUGCGUUCGCCCCAACUCGGGUCGUGUUGAACCAGGACAAGAUGUCGAGGUUACAGUCCUUCUCCAGGCCAUGAAGACAGAGCCGGCUCUCGACACCAAGUGCCGCGACAAGUUCCUGGUCCAAUCCGUCUCCAUCACUGCUGACAAGGAGUUUGCGAGCAUUGCAAACAUUCGCAUCGAGCGCAAGAUCCGCGUCAACUGGCUCGCCGCCGAAGACUCGGUGUCCCUCAAUGGUGGCAGCGCUUCUGCUGUCGCAUCCACACCCAACCGCCAGUCCGUGGCCAACGGCGACUAUACCCCCGAUGUCUCCAACGUCUACUCGUCUCCCCAGCCGGAUGCCGAUUCCGGCAGCCCUGCGCCUGCUGCUCGACCAUCGACCUCCGAUGUGAAGGAGGACACCGUUUCCGAGAAGGCGCAGUCUACAGUCAGUGCUGCGAGUCACGUUGUCGCCAAUACCGCCCAGGUCACCUACGAAGAGUUGAAGCAAAAGCUGUCCCAGGCCGAGGCCAAGAUUGCAAGCCUGCAGGACACCAGCGGUCUCCGGCAACGCGUCAAGACCGAGACUGAGAAGCUCCCUACUGCCCAAGAGGCUGCCGCGGCGGUGAGGCAGGGAGCUGAAGGUGUCUCGGUACAAAUCGUUGCCAUUCUGUGCUUGUUUAGUUUCCUCCUUGCUUACUUCUUCUUCUAA